AUGAACUCCACCGAGAUCCUCCAAUGCCCCGUCAAUGGCGACUCCGACCUCUACGGCCUCGGCAUCCGCAUCGGCAUCUACAUCCAAAUGAUGACCGUCCAGCUCUCCGGCCUCGCCAGCGCAAUCUUCAAGACCGAGGACACCCUCGGCCAGGGCACAAUCAUCCUCGUCCUCGCCACGGGCAUCGUCCUCAUCCGCGAGCUGCGGGACAAGACCGUCGAGGCCGUCGAGGUCUUCCCCAUCCUCACCCUGCUGCUCGCCCAGGUCGGCGUCUGCCGCGUUCCUUACUGGAAGGGCCAGACCACGGCGCUCAUCUACACGUUCGAGGUCGGCGGUUUGAUUGCGCUGUUUGCGUGGUUUUGGUGGCAUGGCAUGGAUACGCUGCCGCGUGCGUGUCAUGACGACAAGGCUUUUUUCUUUGCAAAGGUUAGCAUUUGGCACUGGUUCCGCACUCUUAACAAGGUCGGCUCCGUGUUUGCCAUUAUCGGCGGUGUCGUAUCAGUCAUAUUCUAUCUCGCAGCUAUUAUUCUCUUCACUUUUGUCCGCGCCGCCAAUUUUGUGCAGAGAUUCCGCGGCGAAGGAGGCGGAAGAUCCAAGGAGGAGGAAAACCCCAUGGGCUUCGGGCCAAUCGACUUCCUCGUCAACAUUGGCGCCAUCGUCUAUGUGGAAAUGGCCCUCAAGUGGAACAACAUCUCAGGUGUCCACAGCCUCGUCGCUCCGGGCCAGUUCAUGCCAUUUUUCAUCGCACUCGCGCAGCUGCUGAGCGUAUUCUAUGGUGUUGGCAAGGGGCUGAUGUCCUUGGCUGCGGAUGAGGAUGGUGAGUCGGAUUCUGAAUUUGAGGAUGAAGAUCUGCCUUGUCCCCACGAAGAAAAGGGAUGGUCUUGGUCUUACAAGAAGCAAGACUCUCUGCCUCUGGUGGUUGUUCCCUCUACUACAAAGUGA